GUGACGUAUUAGGUACGCGCGGCGUGCUGUCAGACUCUCGCAGCCGGUGCGGUGGUGUCCUGGCCCCUGAGGCUCAACGAUCCGUGGAGCACCAUGGACGACAAAGAGUUAAUUGAAUACUUCAAGUCUCAGAUGAAAGAAGAUCCUGACAUGGCUUCAGCAGUAGCUGCCAUCCGAACUUUGCUGGAGUUCCUGAAGAGAGAUAAAGGGGAGACAAUCCAGGGCCUGAGAGCAAAUCUCACCAGUGCCAUAGAAACCCUGUGUGGUGUGGACUCCUCUGUGGCAGUGUCCUCAGGUGGGAAGCUCUUCCUUCGCUUCAUCAGCCUUACCUCCCUGGAGUACUCAGAUUACUCCAAAUGUAAGAAGAUCAUGAUUGAAAGAGGAGAGCUUUUCCUCAGGAGAGUAUCACUGUCAAGAAACAAGAUUGCUGACCUGUGCCACACUUUCAUCAAAGAUGGGGCGAGAAUUUUGACACACGCCUAUUCCAGAGUGGUCCUAAGGGUCCUAGAAGCAGCCGUGGCAGCCAAGAAGCGAUUCAGUGUGUACAUUACAGAAUCACAGCCUGACUUAUCAGGUAAGAAAAUGGCCAAAGCCCUCCGCCACCUCAAUGUUCCUGUCACUGUGGUGCUGGAUGCUGCUGUUGGCUACAUCAUGGAGAAAGCAGAUCUUGUCAUUGUUGGUGCUGAAGGAGUUGUUGAAAAUGGAGGAAUUAUUAACAAGAUUGGAACCAACCAGAUGGCUGUGUGUGCCAAAGCCCAGAACAAGCCCUUCUAUGUAGUUGCAGAAAGCUUCAAGUUUGUGAGGCUCUUUCCGCUCAACCAGCAAGAUGUCCCAGAUAAGUUUAAGUACAAGGCAGAUACUCUGAAGUCUGUACAGACGGGACAGGACCUCAGAGAGGAGCAUCCGUGGGUGGACUACACUUCCCCUUCUUUAAUCACCCUGCUUUUUACAGACUUGGGUGUGCUGACACCCUCGGCAGUUAGUGAUGAACUCAUCAAGCUAUAUCUCUAACUACAAGGUGCCUCUUGCCAACAUCCACAAUACAUGGCUAGGCCAGAUGAGCAGCUCUCUGGAAGCCCAUUGGGCUAAAACUGAACGUCUGUGGACUCAGGAUUCAUGUUAUCAGUCCUGGAGAGCAUUCCACUCGUUUCAGCUGCAGCUAAAGUAUGUUCCUGGAUCUAAAAUUGUGCCUAAACAUGCUCAUUCACUUUCCAGAAAUACAUGUUAGGCUGUCCUGAUGAAAGAUCAAAUAUACCUUCCUUCCUCUUCCUUGGCACUCAAGGCUGAUUGGCCAAAAGAAAGCAUCACUAAAAAGUAACUCUGACUGAACAGCAAAUGUUCCUAACCACAGCCAGGCCCUCUGCAGCAAGUGACUGACAGUUGGCCAGGACACCCACCACGUGUAGCAACUUCUAAGGCAAGAAACACUUGUUGAGCACAUCUGGCUUCCAGUGGUGAAUGUGAGCCUUGGCAGGAUUAAGCUAGAGGUAAAGAGACCGCUAAGUGGGGAGUAGCAUUUAGCAGCCAUAUCCUGAAUGGUUCCACUGACAAAGACACAUGGAAUAAAAAAAGUUUCCUUUA